AUGAACUCCGAGGAACAGGAUCCUAAAGUCAAUGCAGGAACUGAAGAGAAAUUCAAUCGUCAAGUAGAUAUACCAAGAAGUAUUGAGACAUUGAACUCUAAGGAACGAGACUCCAACACCAAAGAAGGAAAUGAGAACUCCAACCAUAAAAUAGGAAAAUCAACAGACAUUGAGUCAUCUAACCUUGAGGAACAAAAUACUAAAGCCAAAGAAGGAACAGAAGAGAAAUCCAACCAUCAAAUCGAUGAAUCAAAAAACAUUAACACAUUGAAUUCUGAGGAACAAGAUUCUAAAGGCAAAGAUGGAACAGAAGAGAAAUUCAACCAUCAAAUAAGUACAUCAACAAACACUGAGACAUUUCACCCUGUCGAACAGGAUUAUAAUGGCAAAGAAGGAACUGAAGAGAAAUUCAACGAUCAAGUAGAUAUAUCAACAAGUAUUGAGACAUUUAACUCUAAGGAACGAGACUCCAACACCAAAGAAGAAACAGAAGAGAACUCCAACCAUCAAAAAGUUACAUCAACAAAUACUGAGUCAUUUAAUCCUGACGAACAAAAUACUAAAGGCAAAGAAGGAACUGAAGAGAAAUCCAACCAUCAAAUCGAAGAAUCAACAAAUAUUGAGUCAUCUAACCCUGGGAAACAAGAUUCAAAAGCAAAAGAAGAAACUAUAAAGGAAUCCAAUGAUCAUGCAGAUAUACCACUAAAUAUUGAGACAUUGAACUUUGAAGAACAAAACACUAAAGCCAAAAGAAAAACUAAUGGAAAUGACGAGAACUCCAACCAUCAAAAAGGUACAUCAACAAACACUGAGACAUUUAACCCUGACGAAAAAAAUUAUAAUGGCAAAGAAGGAACCGAAGAGAAAUUCAACGAUCAAGUAGAUAUGUCAACAAGUAUUGAGACAUUGAACUCUAAGGAACGAGACUCCAACACCAAAGAAGAAACAGAAGACACCUCCAACCAUCAAAAAGGUACAUCAACAAACACUGAGACAUUUCACCCUGACAACAGGAUUAUAACGGCAAAGAAGGAACCGAAGAGAAAUUCAACGAUUAAGUAG